CGUUACCUGGAGCUUAAACCCCUGCACGAGGGUAUCGGAGGACUGACAAUGGCCAAGAACAAACUAAGAGGACAGAAGUCCAGGAAUGUAUUCCACAUAGCCAGCCAAAAAGGCUUUAAGGUUAAAAAUAAAGCAAAACCAGUUACCACUAAUCUGAAGAAGAUAAACAUCAUGAAUGAUGAAAAAGUUAACAGCGUGAAUAAAGCUUUUGUAGAUAUGCAAAAGGUACUUGUACAGUUCGUAAAAGGCCUUUCCCUUGAACCUCUGCAGAAACAGCUGAUUCCUCAGCAGUGUCAUGAAAACGAACCAGUUAAUGUUGAUGAAGCUACAAGAUUAAUGGCUCAGUUGUAAUACACUGGUGAUGCAUCAAAUUCUCCAAAAAGACCAAUAAAUUAAAUGUUUUAUACAA